UUUUACGACAUUGGCAGGUGCUUGAAGGACUAACAGGAUUUCAACUGGAGAGACUGAGAUGAGAUCUGCUCAGACGGGAGGAGCGGUGUUUGGUUUAGAAUAGAACGUUUAUGUAAAGUUACAAUGUGCACAACUGAACAUCACGAAGAUGAUUUUGGCGAGGAAAGAUGACUAGACACUAUGGAUGGCCAACUACAGAUGACAGUGUUUGAUGGCACAGUGAUUAAGCAGGAAGAGAGUGAGGAGACUGUUCCCAUGGAGGUAUGUGUCACCCUCCCUGGGGUGUGGGGGGGGGGCCACGGUGAGCAGAGCGCCAGCGGCCAGCCAGGAACACCGGGCAGUCGUAAACCAGCCCUUCAUCAGAAGUCAGGUGAUGACAGGACAGGUACCAGAACUGAACAUGAUGGAGUUCAAGACUGUGUACUGAAACCAUCACAGUAUGUCCCCACUGCUGGUGACGGUGUGAAGCGGGAACAUGUGGACUCAGAUACCAUGUCUCUUUGUGUAGCUGUAGAUGGCUCUUCUAGGAGUCGGGACACAAAGAUGUCUGACCAACACAUUCCGCCCAUGUCGAGAUUCCUGCUGCAUGGGGUUGUCAUCGGGGGGAGACAAGAGGGUCAGCACCCGUCAGACUACAUCAAGGUGAGGAAGCAGAUACGAGAGGCAGAUGAACAGGUGCCCCCUGCUAGAGGUCUGUUGAAAAGAAUGCUGUUAGAUACACAUGAAGCUGAGUCCAGAGUGUGUUCCCACUCACCCAGUGAAUCCCAUGGCAGUGUCAGUAACCCUCCAGUUGACGACUUGCCUUCAGUGAGCAGAUGUGCGCGGGAAGAUGUUGGUGUCAGUCCCCCAGGAGGCAGCCAGUGCAACAUGGCUGGAACAUCCAUCAUAUCAAACCAGCGAAGGUCCGCAAAUGAUCUUGACAAGGGUACAGCUCAGUCCACAGAAACAAAUUUUGAAAAAAGCUGCGAAAUUUGUGGUGAGGUUUGUCGAAGUCCUGGGGGCCUUGGGGCUCACAUGUUGUUUCAUAAAAGUAUGGAAACCUUAGACGGGGACUUUGUGGAGUGUUUUGAAUGCAAGAACCAGAUCCAGCGGACAUACAUCAAGUAUCAUGUUAAGAUCCAUUCUUCAGAGAAGCCAUUAAAGUGCAACAUCUGUCACAAAGCUUUCCACCAUCAGCAGAGUCUGACCUUUCACCUCAAGGUGCAUGCCAGGAAGAAGCAGCACCAUGUGUGUCAGGUCUGCAGGAAGGAGUUCGCACACGAGUACUUGCUGCGCCGACACUCGGUCAUCCAUGAGAAGUACAAGUGCGACAUUUGCGGACACCACGGUGCGGACAGGUAUCGAUUCCUUUCACACAUGCGCAAACAUCAGGCCAAGGUCAUCUACAAGUGUGAUGUAUGUACGAAAGUAUACAGCAGAGAGGCUCCCCUGAUCAGUCACAAGAGAGCUGUACACAAGUGCAGUGGCGAGAUCAACAUAGAAAAGAAGAUUCUGUAUAAAUGUGAUGGAUGUGGGGAAACAUUUCCUGACAAAUCCGCACUCAGGGAGCAUGUUAACUUUUGUUCAAGUAGAAAACUGAAGAUUGAAGAAAACACAGUUUUAGAAUGCUCCAGUAUUAUUUCCUGAUACAGGAGAGAUGAUAGCAGUUAGUGUCUAUAUACCAUAGCAAGAAAUGUAACUCAAUGCAGGACCUCAUGGUCUUUAUCCUUAACCCACUUGCUAAUGAGGAAUGAUUGCCUCAUGUGUGCAUGGCAAGUGACUGACAAGUGUGGGCUGUCAUCAGGUGUUUUUUUGAUUGGCUAGGCUGGACAAGACAACUGCUCCGAUUGGCUGUGACAUAGUCCUCCUGUGUCAGCUAUAAAGUGAAUAUGAGUUUUAAUCCCUGUGUUUGUCUGCAGUGUUAGAUGGUGUCAAAUCCUCCUCGGCCUCCAAUACCGACAUCAGGGAGUUCCCAUGUAACAGCAAAUGUGAGGACGAUGCCAUCAAACCCUGUCCUCAAUGUCUUCACUUGCCAGUGCUGUAUGCAGGUGAUCCUGCCAUCUGUAUUCAAUACCUAUAUCAUCUAUGUGUUGACCUUUUCACAAAUAGAUUUUAUCAUUCAUUA